AGUCCUCACUCUCCAGGCAGGAUGGGCCCCAUCCAGAAGUCAACAAGAAGGAGCUGUGGGACAGGAGCUAAUGCCCAGAACUGAGUUGUGUCCUGCUAAGUCCUCUGCCACGUACCUACGGGAUGAAGAACCUUUCAUUUUCCCUCCUUUUCCUUUUCUUCCUUGUCCCUGAACUGCUGGGCUCCAGCAUGCCACUGUGUCCCAUCGAUGAAGCCAUCGACAAGAAGAUCAAACAAGACUUCAGCUCGCUGUGUCCCAAUGCAAUAAAGAACAUUGGCUUAAAUUGCUGGACAGUCUCCUCCAGAGGGAAGUUGGCCUCCUGCCCAGAAGGCACAGCAGUCUUGAGCUGCUCCUGUGGCUCUGCCUGUGGCUCAUGGGACAUUCGUGAGGAAAAAGUGUGUCACUGCCAGUGUGCAAGGAUAGACUGGACAGCAGCCCGCUGCUGUAAGCUGCAGUUCGGUUCCUGAUGUAGGGGAAGUGAGCGUGGUUUCCAGCACAGCCACCCGUUCCUGUAGCUCCAGAGAUGUCUGAUGUUCUCCAGUCUCUACAGGCACGUGUGUGUGGGACACAAGCACGCAUAGUUAAAAAUAAAACA